CCUUCCUUAUCCAAAACUUGUUUCUGCUUUCUUCAAUUUUCCCUUUGGGAGGGUCCCUCCUCCCUCUCUCUCUCCUCUCUUCAUACUUACAAAKUUCCCUUCAAAAUUCUCUCUCUCUCUCUCAAAGCCUGCAUUCUUUUUUCUUUUUCUGAAUAUAUAUAUGAUUCUUUUGGAGCCCAAAGGAGGCGUUUUCUAAGGCACUUUCUUCAUAAAAAAAAAACCCAUCUGGGAUUUUCUUUGUUUUUGUAUUAUAUUAUAUUUUGAUAGGAAAAUACAAAAUUGUGAAAGAAGAAGAGAAAAAAAAAAGAAUGAGUUGCUUUCCAUGUUUUUCAUCUCAUGGGAAAGCAGCGAAAAGAACAAAGAGCGGUAGAAAGGAACRGUCUGUUUCGUUGCAUUCUCGGAGUCUCAAACAACACCAACAACAACAACCUGCUGCUCCUCCCCCUCGCCCUACGCCUACAGAAAAUCAAAAAGGGAACCAGCAGCAGAAUGAUGCAGAGAGAGAGAGAGAGAAAGAGAAAGAGGGRAGAGAGAGAGAGAUUSGAGAAAAAAAUAACAUUGCAGCGCAGACAUUCACAUUCAGAGAGCUGGCCACUGCUACAAAGAAUUUCCGUCAAGAGUGUCUCAUUGGUGAGGGAGGGUUUGGGAGAGUUUACAAGGGCAAACUUGACAAAACCGCUCAGGUUGUAGCAGUGAAGCAGCUUGAUAGAAAUGGAUUGCAAGGGAACAGAGAGUUUCUUGUGGAGGUUUUGAUGCUAAGUCUGUUGCACCAUCAAAACCUUGUCAAUCUCAUUGGCUAUUGUGCAGAUGGUGAUCAAAGACUCUUGGUCUAUGAGUAUAUGCCUUUGGGAUCUUUAGAAGAUCAUCUACUUGACCUUCCAGCGGAGAAAAGGGCAUUGGAUUGGGGGACGAGGAUGAAAGUAGGGUUGGGAGCAGCAAAAGGGCUGGAAUAUCUACACGACAAGGCCAACCCACCAGUGAUAUACAGAGAUUUGAAGGCAUCAAACAUUCUUUUGGACAGCGAAUUCAACGCAAAGCUGUCAGAUUUCGGGCUGGCGAAGCUCGGGCCUGUCGGGGACAAGCAGCAUGUUUCCUCCAGAGUUAUGGGAACCUAUGGAUACUGUGCUCCUGAGUACCAGAGGACUGGCCAGCUUACUCUCAAGUCUGAUGUCUACAGCUUUGGCGUUGUGUUGUUGGAACUCAUCACUGGCAAGAGAGUCAUUGACAACACUCGCCCACCUAAACAGCAGAACUUGGUGGCUUGGGCAUACCCAAUUUUCAAGGAACCAAGUAGAUUCAUGGAGUUGGCAGAUCCUCUUCUAGGAGGAGAGUUCCCUGUGAGAGCACUGAACCAAGCCGUCGCCGUCGCCGCCAUGUGCCUCCACGAGGAAGCAUCGGCCCGGCCAUUGAUGAGCGACGUCGUCACUGCCCUCAGCUUCUUGGGCGCAGAGGCUGUCAACUCGUCGACCUCCUCGAGUGACAUUACUUCACCACUGUCCAAUCACAAUCUGAUUAGUCUAUCCAAAUCCAACGACGAUGAAAAAGAAGAAAUAGCAGAGGCACGCCAGCGAGCGGUAGCAGAAGCCAUCGAAUGGGGCUCCCACUCGAGGCAAAAUGUCGCCGCUUCGCGCCCGGGAAGUUGUUCUUCCUUGUAAUUAAAUAAAACACACAUGGAUGGAUACUGAUCAUUCCAUAUAUAUACAAUGAGAAGUAUUGAUAUUUACAUAUGUAGUUGGCUCCACAAUUUUCUCUCGUUUGGUUUGAUGGAAAAUUGGAAGGAAAAUACAAAGAUGAGAGAAAGAAACCUAAGGAGAUACAAAAAGCAAAGCAAGAGGUAACCAUGUCUCUUGCUAGCUCUUACAAUCGUUGCCCAUGUAUGUUGGAAUUUUAAUUCCAAUUAUGUAACAAUAUACUAAUAAUAGYUGAGGCCUCAUUUGAUAAUAGUUUUACUUGUUUA